UUAUCAUCGCGGGAAAAAUGGUGUUUACAUUUUAUAUGUUGUCAUAAAACAUUACAGUACACAGUUACAAAUUAAUAAAUGUUUAAAAAAUACAUAAACUAAUUAAUUAUGGACAGUGAUUAUUAUUCUACAAUUUACGCUUGGUUUGAAAGAUGCGGUAUUAUAUCAAAUAUCCGUACACAUUUACGUCAUAAUUUAGUAAAUACAUUAAAAAGUACAGAUAUGACUUUAAAUAAAGACAACAGCGGACCUAAAUCAGCAAAGCAGUACAUAUAUGAUUUAUUAAUUGCUGAGUAUUUGUGGAAUCAUAAUUACGCAUAUACAUUGUCUGUAUUUGCAAGUGAAGCUCCCUUGUUAAUUAAUUUUCGUAAACAUAUAAAGACUGAUUUGGACAAUGAAGCUGUCGAUAAACAAAAAUUACAAAGUGACUACGUCGCACACGCACUAGAAACUUUAGGUAUCAGACCUGAUGACUCUGAUGGACAAUCCAUUAUUGAUGAUUACAAUAAUAAUGAUUUGCCAUUAUUGUUAACGGUAUUAAAAUUUACUUGUCAAUCUAAAUGUAAUUAUUCAAAUCGUAAUGAGAGUAGAAAGUGUAAAGAUGUUAAAACUUGUGAGAGCCAGACGGAUUUUAAAUUUUAUGACAUUUGUAAAGAGAAACAUAAAAUUAUUUGUGCUAGAAAAAAAUUGUUGGAACAAAAAGAGAGUUAUGAAAAUCAAUUGAAGGAGUAUGAAGAUAAAGUUAAAAAUCGUGUCGAUUUCAUUGAAGAGCAGGUUACUUUAUUGGAUGACAAACUGAUGAAAGCUCAGAAUAUGAUCAAAGAAAUAAAUGAAAGAGAAAGUAAAUUAACAAAAGAAAAAGAAGAACUAGAAAGGUAUAUUUUUAACAAAAAUAAAGAGCUAAUUUCCAAAGAAAAUGCGCUUGCACGUGAAGCUAAAAGGUUGCAAAAAGAUAACGAUGGUUACAAAAUAUUUGAAACAAAUUUAAAAAAGCUUCAAGAUGAAUUAGCUAAAGUACAAAUGGAGUUGUCGAAUAAAAAUAAAGAUUGUAAAGUAAUACGUACACAUGAAGUCGGUACGCAGACAGACAUUGAUAAAAUUGAUAAUAAUAAUGACGAGGAAGAGAAAAAACAACUUCAGAGUCUCGUGCAAGAACAACAAUUGAGGAUAGAAGAGCUUACGUUGAGGUCAGUACGUCUUUCACGUCAACUUGAAGAAGCUCAGCUCAUCAAACCUGUUGUGCAUGUCGAUGUUACGCGAUCGUUAUUUUCAAAAACGCAAACAAUCCUCAGUGAGAGCAGUUCUACUGAUGAUAUUAUUCAGGAUGCCAAGCAACGACUUAAGCGCUUAGAGGAGGAAAGUUUGAAAGCUGACCAAUCUUAUUUGAACUGUAUAACUGGACUGCCUUUAUGA